UUGCCUAUGGUUACAAGGAUUCUGGUGUUCUUGUGGGUUCCUUCUUGCAUUGGGUAGCUCAUCCUCGUGAUGUGGUGUCUGCAUAUCAUAACUUCAUUCUUGCAUUCGAUCUUAGAGAUGAAACGUUUCGUCAGGUGCCGCAGCCGCGGGAUACCAUGGAUGGAAAAAAGGAAGUGUUGAAUAUGGUAUCAGAACUUGGAGGAUGCCUUUGUGUGAGCUAUGGGAAUGCUGAUAUUUGGAUUAUGAAGGAAUAUGGAAUUGAGGAUUCCUGGACUAAAUUGCUCUCUAUUAGUUUUCCUACUCCAUUGAAACCUUUAUGCUACUCAAAGGAAGGUGAUAAAGUUUUGUUUGACUAUGAUAAGGGGAAAGAACUCAUUUGUUAUGAUCUAAACAAUCAAACUAUAGACAGAAUCGACAUUUUUGAAUCCUCCGAGUAUAAUGAGAAGACUUAUUGUUUGACUAAGUCUGGAUUUGUAUGCGCAUCAACCCUAGCGUUUCCCAUUGUUAAUGGUAGAUCAAGCAAUAGUAGCUGCAAGAAAAAUGUCAAGAAAGAAAAUAGCAAUAAAGCUUGAUAUAACAUGAUCUUACCAUGUGUUCUGUUCUGGAGACUAUGGAAGCACCGAAAAUGAUGUGCUGUGGAAUUAGAAUUUCUUGCAGCGAUGGUCUUCGGCUAAACUACUCAAAUACAGUCCUGCCACGUACGGUGUGCAACAGAGAAGCUGCAGUUUCUUGGGUCGAAUCUCGUCCAGAAUUCAGUAGAACUUGUAAAAGGAUGAGCAUAGGAGUCAUAUCACCUUACCCUGCUCAAGUUAAAGCUAUUGAUCAGAAUAGAAUCGGAAAGACUUACAGAGAUAAUGGUGACAUUUCUGUAAGCAUUCGUUCUGUUGAUAUGUUUCAAGGUGGCGACGAGGAUGUGAUAAUCAUCUCUGUUGUCAGAUGUAAUGGGAAUGGAAUAGUUAGUUUUCUAUCAAAUCGUCGAAAAGUGAAUGUAGCAUUGACUCGCGCAAAGCAUUGUCUUUGGAUACUUGGAAAUGCUUCAACUCUUAUCAAUAGCAACACGAUUUGGAAGAAAUUAGUUAUCGACACCAAGAAACGAAGAUGUUUCCAACUUUCCAUCAAGCAUAUCAAGACAAGAACUUGUCAGAUUCUAUUAGGAAUGUGUUGAUCGAGCUAGACCGUGUUACUGGACAUGGACGAUCAAUAACAUUUGCAAACUACCAGCAGCAGUAAUUAUUUCCAUAGUUGAUUUUGGAUUUCCUUAAAUAUUGGUUAUGGAGUUUCUUAACCUAGAUUGGUAAUUGUUUUUUGUUAUCUUGAUGACUAUGUAGAGAGAACAAACGCAAGCUCUCUACAUAUUUGGAUUAUGAAGGAACACGGAAUUGAGGAUUCAUGGAUUAAUUGUUCUCUCUACAUAGUCAUCAAGAUUUUUUUUGUGUUCGUAGAUUGAAACCUCUGUGCUAGUCAAAAGAAGGUGAUAAAGUUUUGCUAGACUAUUGUAAAGGGUCAGAGCUCAUUUUAUAUGAUCUAAAGGAUCAAAGUGUCGAUAGAAUGUACAUGACUAAAUCCUUAAAAAGUAAGGAAAAGACCUACUGUGUGUGUAAGUCUGGAUUUGUAUGCGCGACAACUCUAGCAUUUCCCAUUGUUAAUGGUGGAUCGAGCAAUGGUACUUGCAAGAAGAUGCCAAGGAAGAAGAACAAUAAUAGUAUUGCAAGAUAUUGCCAAGGAAGAAGAACAAUAAUAGUAUUGCAAGAAAUUGCCAAGGAAGAAGAACAGGAUAAAAGCUUGAUUCAAUAACUUUAUUUUGCGAGUCUGAUGCUAUAUAAUCCUCAAUAUUGCGUGAGAGUAAUUUCCUUUUAGACAAGGAUAUCGCUGCUUCAAUUUUUUUUUUUACGUUAAUUAAUUAUUUCGUUUUGUCAAGAACUGUUAUGGAAAAGAAAUUAUGCCAUUUAUUCUUAGUUUUUA